CUCGCGACCUCGCAGUACACCAGUCUCUAAAUCUGUAAUAGAAUUUAAUGUCGCGAAAUCUAAGUUUCGUUACGUGUAAGGUUUCCGACAAUUUUAUGUCGAUAAUUAGAAUACAGUCAUCAGUAUUUUUUGCUAUAGAAAUGUGUUUGUAAAUAUGAGUUAAAUACCUAAUUAGAUUAAAGUAUUACCCAUUGAAUUUCGGUGAACAUUUUACAGACGGUGCAGAGAUAAGAAAAAUGCCUUCAGACCAAGUCAAACUUUCACGAUGGUAUUUUGGAGGUUUGGCUUCAGCUGGAGCAGCAAGCAUCACUCACCCGUUGGACUUGCUCAAAGUACAAAUGCAAACACAGAAGGGAAAAUCCGAUUCCUUACUCAAACUCACGGCAAAUGUUUUAAAGAAACAAGGUAUUAUGGGCCUAUACUCCGGCAUAUCAGCCUCCAUUACCCGCCAGCUUAGUUACUCCUCAGCCCGUUUCGGAAUAUAUGAAGUUUCCAAGCAGUACUUUGCACCUAAAGAUGGCAGUGCAUUGCCUUUCUACAUGUCUGCAUUCCUAGCCGGUCUGGGUGGGCUGGCGGGAGGUCUCGUAGGAAAUCCCGCGGAUUUGGUCAACGUACGCAUGCAAAAUGACGUCAAGCUGCCUAAGGAACAGAGACGAAAUUACAAGAACGUGUUCCACGGUAUGUAUUCCGUGAUCCGGAAAGAGGGAGUGAUGCAGCUGUGGGCCGGGGCUAGCAUGAACUGCAGUCGAGCAAUUCUGAUGACCAUUGGGCAGCUGUCCUUCUACGACCAGAUCAAAGCGUUGCUUCUCUCCACUCCGUACUUCGGGGACAAUGUCGUCACUCAUGUCACUUCGAGUCUCGCCGCCGGCGGUAUAGCAACCACGCUAACUCAGCCAGUGGAUGUUCUCAAGACUCGGGCAAUGAACGCGAAGCACGGCGAAGUGAAGAGUCUGUUAGGCCUCGUAGCUAGCACGGCCAAGGAGGGCCCCAUAGCGUUCUAUAAAGGGUACAUUCCAGCGUUUGCGCGACUCGCACCUCACACUAUACUCACAUUCGUGUUCUUAGAACAGCUUAGAAUAAACUUUGGAUUUGUCAAAGGGACAGCUUAAUUAGUCAAUGUUGAUAAGUAGACAAUUUUAUGGUCUGGUCUGGGAAAUCAGAAUGGUUUGAAAUCAACUGUGGACGAACACGUUACUAUAGUUUAAUAGGAUAUAUAAUUUUCAAUGACACUAAGUAUGUGCGAAUAUAAGAAAAGAGAUUCGAAAGCGUCAGUGAACACUAUGAAAACUGACUUGCAGAUAGAAUGCUGUGUCAGUUUGAUGAAUACUGGCUUAGAUUCGAACUUCUCUUAGACAUUACUGCAAAGAUAACUAUGUAGUUAGCGUUUGCUUAGGUAUGUACCUACAGAUAGCUAAAUAAGCAGAUGGAUGUUUAACUCUUAGAUGCAAUGGUAUCAAAAAUGAUACUAUCGAAAUGACACAACUAGAUAUCGGAUUGACGUCAAUAUAAGACUAAAGAGAAUACUUUAUCGUGCCGUAUCAAGUUUAAAAUUGACAUGGAUAUCAAUUGUCCUCAAGUCAUUUUGCGAGUGAAACCUAUAUACCAUGCAUCUAAGGGUUAAAGUUGUAUUUAUUAUUCUGAAUACCAUGGAAACUUCCUAGACUACAGGCUGUUAUUCCUAGAUCUUGUAGACACAUUUACAAGCAAUUAGUGACAAGGAAUUUAAAAAUAAUAGACUAUAUUUAUUUGACGAACGAAUCGAGAGUAUUUGAUCGAUAUAGAUUUUAUAGUGCAAACUAAAAUAGAAUUUCGUUAGUGCCUAGGUGACUAGGUGUCCCAUAUUUAUUUAUUCAGGAUAAUAUUUAAAUUUUAUGUUACAACUUUGACUAGUCUUCCCUUAUGUACCCAUAUUUGCUCAAAGUCAAACCAAAUAACCUACAAAUGUCAUUCACAAUUAGGUAUAUAUGCUAUUUUUUUUUAUUUGAUCAUAUACGGUGAAGUUA